UCGUAUUUAAACAAUCAAAGUAAUAAUCACAGUGCUACGGACUUUACAAUGAAUUUUAUUGUAAUCGACACAUUACCUUUUAAAGAACAAGUUUCAUAAUAUAAGAUACUUGACCUUGGGUUGAAGAGAUAAGUUUCCUAUUUGGAACGUAUAUAAAGGAUUUCAAAUUUAAGAACCAACCAUAAGUAGCAAGAACAUGGAGAAGAGAGGAGACCUAGUAGUGGAGAUAGCUGAAGCAGACUCUACUACGUAUCCACUUCACUCCCCGACUAGACAAUGGUCAUCAUCGUGGAGCGAUAGUACGGUAACGAUGUACGGCGAGGAUAUGGAAGAUGACAAUCAGCAGCAGCAGCCUGAUUCCACUACAUCUCCGGAAAGAUCGGGAUCCACAACGCCAGAUAAUUUGAAUGUUAACUUGAUGGAAGGUCGUGUACCGUCACCAGAAGGGUCAGAAUCUGCAGUAUCGGAUGACUUGAUGCUGGACGUUGCGCUUGGUCGCUUAGAAGAGUGGGUGAAUAUGGUCCGUGAGCAAAGAGAUAGAGCAGAGGGUGAUGACGAAAAUGUAGAGGAUAUGAAUUAAUGAAAUGUAUUUUAGUGUAAUUAGUUUUAUUUC